UGCCGCAGCUCCACAACACACGCUCCACGCUCCACGCUUCAAACACAACAAGCUCCACACACGAAUAGUGCACGACGAUCUGCGAUAACGAGCAGCUGUUAUAUAUUUUUUUUUCGGGCCCGUUGUCAGUGUCAGUUAUCUGGCCGCAUCUCUGCCAAAACGCAAAUUUCCAAAGCAGCAGCGGCAGCGGCAGCAGCAGCAGCAACAGCAGCAGCAACGGCUCUCCUCAGCCCCAACACCCUCGCAGGGCAGCGACAAGUGCAAAAGUGAAGUGAACUCCACCAUACCGAUAAGCAUCGCUUCGUCGGCUUCACUCUCUCGUGUCUCGCUCGUGUCGCGCUCGGCUCGCCAUCGUGUCGCUCUGCGCCCGACGCUCGGCUUGCGCACCGCUUCAAGUCCCAUUGUAAAUUACUUGCAAAGUAAAAUUUAGUCUCGGCUUUUAAUACCGUUUUAGUGCGUUUUCGAGUUGGUCGUGUUUUUUGUUACCAAAAAACCAAAUACAAAAUAAAAUACAAAUUUACAAAAAUCGUAAUCAACAAAUAACUAGAAACAUAAUUUAAAGGCUUAAAUCUGUGUCUGUGAUAUAUCCAAAAAAAUUUAAAUACAAAAUAAUUUCAACUAGAUUAUCACGCAAAACCAAAUUUUUUUUUUGUUCGGUUUUCCUCAGUUUUUACACAAAAACUUUUGAACAAUUUGAAAACAACUAAAAAAAAAAAACUUUUCGCACGUCCUGCGUGCGAUUGGCACAAAAAAUAUUUUCGGUUUUAUUUUUUUGUAAAAAUUUAACGGAGAUGUAAACUAUUCGCCCCCGCCAACCGAGCAGCGCUUCCUAUAAAUUAAGAACAAUUUUCUCCGUUUCGCACGCCGCAAAAUAAAAUAAAUUCAAAUCGAAGAGCAGCAAAGAUUACGUAACACUUUGGCUGCAAGUACCAUAAAUAACUCUUAUAAAAAGGCAAAACGAUCCACUAAACAAAAAAACACCAUAAAUAUUCCAAAAACAAAUUCGAGACGGAAGUGUAACUGUUUUUUUUUUCUGCGCACAGCGGCGCAUCCUGUUUGAGCUUAUCGCGCACUUACACACACACACACACAGAGUCAGAGGAGACACUGGCUGGCGCUCUCGCAUACGUAUAAGAGCUGUGCAAACGAAAGCAUUAAAGCCGCCCAAUUGAUUAGCAACAUCCCCACCACGGUCUCUCUAUAUCUCUAUCUGUAUCUCUCUCUCACCGGCAACUUAACCAAAUCGGAGUACUCAGAGAACACACAAAGCCAGCCAAGAUGACUGGUUUUACAAACGCUGGCUUCGAGAACGAUGAGCCCGUCAAGCCAAAAGCUGGUUUCGAGCCAGACACCGCCUCGCUGCGAGAGAAAGUUGUGCUGAAUCCGGGCGAGAAAUGGCGCAUUUUAAAGAAUAUCUCAAUCAUCUCGAUCGCCUUUAUGGUGCAGUUCACUGCGUUCCAGGGCACGGCCAAUCUGCAAUCCUCGAUCAACUCGAAGGAUGGUCUUGGCACAGUGUCGCUCAGUGCCAUUUAUGCGGCGCUGGUUGUCUCUUGCAUCUUCCUGCCCACGCUGAUCAUUCGGAAGCUGACGGUUAAAUGGACGCUCGUUUGCAGCAUGCUCUGCUAUGCGCCGUACAUUGCCUUCCAGCUGUUCCCGCGCUUCUACACCCUCGUGCCGGCUGGCAUUCUGGUGGGUAUGGGGGCGGCGCCGAUGUGGGCGUCCAAGGCCACAUAUCUGACACAGGUUGGGCAGGUGUAUGCUAAGAUAACUGAACAAGCUGUCGAUGCCAUUAUUGUGCGCUUCUUUGGCUUCUUCUUCCUGGCCUGGCAAUCCGCCGAGCUCUGGGGCAAUCUCAUCUCCAGCUUGGUUCUGUCGAGCGGCGCACAUGGUGGCAGCAGCAGUGCCAAUUCCACAAUCAGUGAGGAGGAUUUGCAGUAUUGUGGUGCCAACUUCUGCACCACCGGCACCGGCGGCCACGGCAACCUGGAGCGUCCGCCAGAGAACGAGAUCUUCGAGAUCUCCAUGAUCUAUCUGUCGUGCAUUGUGGCCGCCGUGUGCAUCAUUGCCUUCUUCCUGGAUCCCCUCAAGCGCUACGGUGAGAAGCGCAAAGGCUCCAAUUCGGCGGCGGAGCUGUCCGGCCUUCAGCUACUGUCGGCCACGUUCCGUCAGAUGAAGAAACCCAAUCUGCAGCUGCUCAUACCGAUCACCGUCUUCAUUGGCAUGGAGCAGGCGUUCAUUGGCGCCGACUUCACCCAGGCCUAUGUGGCGUGCGCCCUGGGCGUGCACCAGAUUGGCUUCGUCAUGAUCUGCUUUGGCGUUGUCAACGCUCUCUGUUCCAUACUCUUUGGCUCUGUGAUGAAGUACAUUGGCCGCACGCCCAUCAUUGUGCUGGGCGCCGUCGUCCACUUCACGCUCAUCUCCGUCGAGCUCUUCUGGCGACCCAAUCCCGACAAUCCGCUCAUCUUCUACGCCAUGUCAGGCCUGUGGGGUGUCGGCGACGCCGUCUGGCAGACGCAGAUCAACGGUCUCUACGGCCUGCUCUUCAGGCGAAACAAGGAGGCCGCCUUCUCGAACUAUCGCCUUUGGGAGUCGGCUGGCUUCGUCAUCGCCUAUGCCUAUGCCACAACGCUCUGCACCCGCAUGAAGCUCUACAUUCUGUUGGCUGUCCUCACGCUCGGCUGCAUUGGCUACGUCAUUGUGGAGAUUCUGUACAGAAAGAAGCAACGCAAGAUCAAGAAGCAGGAGAAGCUCGAGGCUGCCGAGAAGGAGAAGGAGGCUGCGGCUGCUGCAGCAGCCGCUGCCGCUGCCGCCGAGACCAACAAUGGCUUCGGCGACGCCGUCGAGGAGACCGAUGAUGAGCUGGACGAUCUCGAGGAAGAUAUUGUAGUCACGCGCCUGUAAUAAUCGUCAUUUGUUAAUUGUUGUACGUUCUUUUUGUUUAUUUUCGCUGACGGCGACGACGUCGUUGCGGCUGCAACAGCAUCAACUGUUAACGCUUAACAGUGCGCAAUUCUGUUAAUCAAACACGAGUGCAAAAAAUGUUAAACAUAGAUUCAAAUACACACUUACACACAUA